AUCUCACUCCCGCUUUCUCGUUUCCCUCCUCGUCUCUCCUAAAACCCUAGUCGGCGCUCUUCUUCUCUCGGUGUCAACCAUGCCGACCAUGGAGUUCUGGGGUGUGGAAGUUAGGGCUGGUGGUUACAGAAUGCCUGCUUCGGUAGAUUACUUGAUGCAUCUUUCCCAGGCAGCACUUGGUGAGUCAAAGAACAAAGCUGAAUCUGUGACCCUCUAUGUUAAGUUUGAUGACCAGCAGCUUGUUCUUGGAACUCUUUCCCACCAGAAUCUCCCUCAGAUGUCAUUUGAUUUGGUAUUUGAGAAGGCCUUUGAGCUUUCUCAUGACUGGAAAGAUGGGACUGUACACUUCUGUGGUUAUAAAGCAGAAGUACCUACACCAUAUCCUUUUAUUUGCGGAAAGUUUUUAGAUAAUAUGUUGUUAACUUUUUCCCAUAAAGUAGGUAUGAGGGUUGGAAAAUUUAUAAUUGAACUCUUUUUUCCUUUUACCUUUUAUUUGAAGAGAUGGUCUGCCAUGUGUGCUUAUGCUGUGUGUUAGGCUUUCAAUCUAGGUUGAAACUAGCAUGGCAAAAAUUAGCACUCCACUCAGGAUUUUAUCAAUAAUCCCUUUGUAUGUUGAUGUGGACGUUUUGUCUCAUGUUCUAGGUUCCUGAAGCCUGUGGUGCUGUCUGUUAUGCCAGUUGCAUAAAUUAGUUUUUAAUUA